AUGCUGAUACAAGCUCCUGUGUUGGCGUUCUACAACCAAAGCAAGCCACUUCAAAUCCAAACUGAUGCCAGUGCUACAGGGUUAGGUGCUGUGAUGCUACAGGAUGGUCAACCAAUAGCAUAUGCCAGUAGGAUGCUGAGUGAUCCUGAGACCAGAUACUCUGUCAUUGAGAAGGAGAUGCUAGCAAUAGUCUUUGCACUGGAAAAGUGGAAUCAGUUCACUUUUGGUCGUAAGACAACAGUAUAUAGUGACCACAAACCACUGGAGUGCAUUGUGAAGAAGGCCCUGGACAAAGCUCCCAAACGCCUACAAGGAAUGUUACUACGCGCCAUGGCGUAUGAUGUUGAAGUGAAAUACCUUAAAAGCGGACAGCAUGAUCUAGAGGUGGUGAAUGCUGUCAAACUCUUGUCUCUCCCUGAUGACAAGAUAGCUGAGAUAAAGAGACAGACUACCCAAGAUCCAACUCUCUCCCAGCUCAAAGACACCAUACUUGAUGGGUGGCCAGACAACAAGACAAAGCUUCCUUUGUCACUGACUCCAUACUUCAGUUUUAGAGAUGAACUUUCGGUGACAGAUGAUCUGAUUUUCAAGGGAGAACGGCUGGUAAUCCCUAAGCAGAUGAGGCGACAGAUCAAGGAGGAGUUACACAUUGGCCACAAUGGAGUCGAAGGAACUUUGAGAAGAGCCCGUGAAUAUGUCUAUUGGCCAGGUAUGAACAAGGAGAUAAAGGAGUGGAUCCAGACAUGCGAGACCUGUCAAGAAAACUCAGUCUCUCAACCUGCCAAACCUUUGAUGUCUCAUCCUAUAUCUGACAGGCCAUGGUCAAGAAUUGGAUUCGAUCUCUUCCAUCAUGAUAACGAGAACUAUCUCAUUAUGGUCUGUUACUACUCCAAUUUCUUUGAGAUAGAAAAGCUACAGAGGACGACUGCCCCCGCAGUUAUCAAGCGACUGAAACGUCACAUCGGACGCUAUGGAGUGCCAGAGAUCAUUGUCUCAGACAAUGGACCUCCUUUCUCUUCAAGGGACUUUGCUGAGUUUGCCAAAGAGAUGGGAAUCAAGCAUAACACCAUCUCACCUCACAACAGCAAGGCAAAUGGCAAGGCAGAGUCUGCUGUUAAGACUGCCAAAAGACUGCUUACCAAAUGCAAGGACACUGGAGAUAACGUUGAUCUAGCCUGUCUCAACGUUCGUAAUACACCAACUCAAGGUACCCAGACCAGUCCUGCGCAAAGGUUCAUGGGUAGACGAACACGUACACUCCUACCCACCACAACUCAGUUGUUGAUGCCUGAUCGUGACUCAGGACCUGAUGUCGAGAAACUCAAUUCAAACCAGAGACGACAGGAGAAGUAUUUCAACAGAAAUACAAGGAAGCUCAAGGAUCUUCCACUUGGAGCAACUGUACGUGUGAAACCAUUCAACCAUAGAAAGAAAUGGAAGAAAGCGGUGAUCCUGAAGAAACUAGACGAUCGCUCAUAUGAAGUUCGCUGUGAUGGUCAAACACUUCGUAGAAACAGAGAACAUCUCAGAGCGACCUCAUCCACGUCAGAUACACUUGAUCCUAUUCCCAACAUGUUUAACUGGGAAUAG